CCCACUUCGCCGCUUCAAGUCUUGCGUCUGAUAUAUACCCGUCCGUUUCGCCCUCAACAUUCGCUCUCCUUGUAGAAUCGCAUUUUGAAGAAGGCGCGAAACUGUCGAAAUGGCGGGGGGAAAAUCAACUAGGUCGAACCCUUCACAGGCCAGAAAGAGAGUCGAUGCUGUCGAUUCUAGGGCUGCCACUGGUCUUGUCCGCGCCAAAGAUGGCAGUGCUUUUGCCAAAUGCGAAGAGUGCAACAAGAAUGUCCCAGUGGCCCUCAUUAGCAUGCAUAGUUGCAGCCUUGAGGCUAAAAUUAAAAUGAAUCUGGAGGCUCAGGUUGUGGAAAAGCCUGCUGAGGUCAAGAAGCCAGUGGAGAGGAAGAAGCCUAAAUCAAGUGAGCCUAAGGCAAAAAAGGCCAAGGUGGAGAAGGGAAAGAAGGGCAAGGAUCCAAACAAACCCAAGCGUCCUCCUACAGCCUUCUUUGUCUUCCUGGAAGAGUUCAGAAAAUCUUUCAAGGAAGCAAAUCCUGAUUCCAAUGAUGUCAAGAGGGUUGGUAAGGAGGCAGGUGAGAAGUGGAAGUCCUUAUCUGAUGAGGAGAAGAAGCCUUACAUGGAUAGAGCUGCUGAGCUCAAGGCCGAAUAUGAGAAAGCUUUGGAAAGUUAUAAUGCUGCAGAAGACGGAGCUGAACAAGAGGGAUCUGAUAGGGAAGAUGCGGCUGAGGAAGGGGGUCAAGAGGAGUCUGGGAAGGAUGACGCAGCAAAGGAAAAUGAAGAGCUCACUGAUGAGGAGUAGUGGAACAUGAUUAACUGUGUAUACGAGAAAGAUUACCUGAAUGCUUGCUCUAGGGCUGUAAAUUGAUUUUUUUUUUUAGAUGGUAGAAUUAGUAUUUUGCAGGCUUCAAUUGCAAAAUGAUUUGGCGAUGUUCUCCACUGAUUUUUUUUAAGAGGGUAAUUAAUUAUAGCAUGAUUCCUGGUUUUCCGCAGGCUCAAA